AUGGGGAUUCUACAAUCAGGCUAUAUACAAUCCAAUCAAUUAGCAAUCGUCAAAAUGGGCUCUGUUGAUGUUAUCGGACCUUUAUUCACACCGUUGCGCUUGGGCACCUUGUCCUUGAGCCAUCGAGUUGUUUUAGCUCCAUUGACCCGUAUGCGAUCGACAAAAGAGUCCGACGGAGUGUUUGUUCCGAACGAAUUGAAUGUUGAAUACUAUUCGCAGCGUGCCUCCGAGGGAGGAUUGCUCUUGACCGAAGCAACUCCGAUCAGCAGAUUGGCUGCUGGAUACCCUGGUGUCCCUGGUAUCUUCACACCUUCCCAAAUUGCUGGGUGGAAGAAGGUCACCGAUGCUGUACAUGCGAAGGGCGGUCUCAUUUUCUGUCAACUUUGGCACGUCGGUCGCGCAACUGUUUCUUCUCUACUUGAUGGAAAUCAACCUCUUGGCCCAACUAACACUCCAAUCUCUGGGGAAGCCCUUGAUGGGACUGAAUACUCAGCAUCGCCUCCACGAGCUAUGACCGUUGAAGAAAUCCAAGCUACUGUGAAAGAAUAUGCCGCAGCAGCCAAGAGAGCUAGAGAGGCUGGGUUUGAUGGAGUUGAGGUUCAUGGUGCGAACGGCUACCUCCUCGACCAAUUCCUUCACGAUAACGUCAACACACGCACGGAUGACUACGGUGGAUCGAUUGAGAAGCGAUCUCGCAUCGUUAUUGAAGUGCUCCAGGCCGUGACUGAGGCUAUUGGAGCCGAUCGUGUCGGAAUCAGACUGUCACCCUAUAACUACUUCCAAGAUACCCGCGAUUCUAGCCCUAACACCCACUGGCUCGCGCUUUGUUCGCAAAUUGCAAGCCUCCCUGCCGAGACCAAGCCUAUCUACGUCCACAUGGUUGAGCCACGGUUCGAUGAGGUUCUUGAUGAAAAGGCCAAGAUUGAUUCUCUGGCCGUAGGAAAGCCAUCGCUGAAUGUGUUCCGGUCGACAUUGAAAGACGGUGGUGUUGCUUUUCUAGCGGCUGGAAACUUCAAUGCGAAGAAUGCAGGCCCUAAAAUGGUUGAUGAUGAGACUGAUGGGAUUGUAUUUGGUCGGUUGUUCAUUUCUAACCCUGAUCUUCCACGGCGGUUGAAGGAGGGGUUGUCCCUUACUUCCUAUGACCGGUCGACAUUUUAUGGGGCAGAGCCGCCUCAGAAGGGAUACACUGACUAUCCUUUCUACAGUGAAUAG